AUGUUACAUCGUACACGAAGUCAAGAAACGCUAAGUACUUUAACAAAUGAUCCAAACCUAUCAUCGUCAACAUCUACAUCAGUGGUAGACCAUCGACACCUACAUCAUCAAGACGCUAAUGAUGCCAACGAUACCGACGACUUUGACUCGCUGUCAGAUUUGGUAUCUUAUAUGUCACAAGAUACUUUAAUACAACCACAAAUGAGAAUUCUUAACCAUGCCAUAGCAGAUUUUCGAUUCAUUAAAGAAAUCCCCAUACUUUCAUGUUAUUUGCAAACUGGUGUGCAUUUAUACCCCUCGUGGUCAGCAACAAGUCGAAACCAACCAAUAUUGACGCGACCUUCGAAAUUCAUCAACAAUAUAUUCAAAUUGAACAGUCCGUUUUUAGUAAUUGAAAGUUAUAUUCGUGAUAACGCCAAGUCAACCAAGACAAACUCAAACAAUGGAUCUACCACUAAACAAGUGUUUUGUAAAGUUGAUUUCAAAAUCCAAUCGACUCGAAUCACAUACUAUGUUCUCACGUUCCCAACAUUAAACAAAUGCGUGUUUUUAAUCAAUAAUAAUAGCCAUUCCCCUAGUGUUGAUUUUGAAUUGGAUGGAACUCAUUUCAGAGUAAUUGGCGUAACUGGAACAACAUCAGCUUUGGGCACCAGUGGGCUAAUCAAACUAUACGUGAUGGAAAAUUCACCCGAUUUGUUAACUUUUGAUACUACAAUUGAUUUCAAAAAGAAGAAAUUAACAUUUGGUCCCCAAAGUGAAUUGAGUAAAUUGAUUGAUGGCCAAAAUCGAGCUGCCAUUGAUGAAUCAAUGAAACGAGCUAAGAAAUUGAUUAACAUGCCAGUAGCGCAAUAUCUUGACCAGGGUGAUGUCAAGAUUAAGAUUGAGAACAAUGGAACAGAGUCGAAUGGUCAACUGCAUAAUCAUCAUCUUGGUGGUAAGAAUGCCAAUAGUUUUGUCAAGCAUGGAGUUAUCAAAAUGUUUGAUUAUGUAGGUGGAAGAGGAAGAGGAGAUCAAGAAGAUGAUGAAAUGAGUCAAGAAAUGAUGAUGAUUUGUUGUGUCUUGUUGGUGUUGAGAGAGCAAGAGUAUCGCAAGUAUAAAGGUGAUAAGAAACCACAAUAUGUUUAG